UCAAAGCCACAAAAUAAGAUGAAAUGGAGGGAUUUGAUCCUGAGCAUAUAUAUAUAUGAUAUGUUAAAGAGUGAGGUUGUUCACAUCACAUGCAGAGGUAGAUUCAUACAAAGGCAGGUUUGAAGCCCGAGGAGGUUCUAAAAGCAGUGAGUUAAAAGAGUGUUGCUAUAGUCACCUGAACAGCUGUAGUCAGAAGCGUCAAAAUAUACAAAAUAAACUUGGUGAUUCCCAACACUCCUUUGAAAAAAAUUCUGUUAUCUUUCACUUGUAUAGAUCCGAAAUACUCACUCUCCAAGAGACACCCUUUCUAUUUUAAUACUCCACUCCAUGUUAGAGCUAGCUGAGUGGUCAUGGCCACAGUAGAAUUCAUCAUUGCAUUUCACAUGAAGCCUUUGGUUUUUCUCCUUUGGCUCUUUGUCCCCUCAUUGGGCAAAGACUUGCUUAGUUGUGAGACAACUUCACCUGAUACCUCUGCCUACCAUUGCAUUCAAAAUGUGCCACAUAAUAACAACCAUAACCAAUGUGCAACUUUUGCACUCUUUCUCACCAACUCUUACUAUUCUUCUCUCUCCAACCUCACCUCUUAUUUGGGACUCAACAAGUUUGUGGUAGCACAAGCCAAUGGUUUUUCUGCUGACACUGAGUUUCUCUCCCUGGAUCAGCCUCUCUUGCUACCAAUUGAUUGCAAAUGCAAAGGUGGAUUCUUUCAGGCUGAGUUAACCAAAAUUACCAUCAAAGGUGAGAGUUUCUAUGACAUUGCUGAAUCACUAGAGGGCUUGACAUCUUGCAAGGCUAUUAGGGACAUCAACCCUGGUGUGUCACCUUGGAAUCUUGAUGACAAAGUGAGAUUGGUUGUCCCUUUGAGAUGUUCUUGCCCUUUUUCGUCUCAAGUUAGACCACAGCCAAAGCUUCUGCUUUCUUAUCCUGUGAGUGAAGGUGAUACACUUUCCAAUUUGGCCUCAAAGUUUAAUGUUACCAUAGAAGCUAUUGUUUCUGCUAAUAACAUAUCAUCACAAACUAGAAGUCUUGCACUUGCACCCUUUACCUCUAUUCUCAUUCCACUUUAUGGUAAGCCUGUCAUUGGUCCUUUAGCUAAGCCUAAGGAACCAAAUUCUGGAUUUCAAACAGCCACCAUCCCAGUAACAAGUCCUCACAAGAAGUCACCAAUGUGGAAAACUGAAUUGUGUAUUGGCCUAGCUGGGGUUGCACUUGGAGUUUGCAUUGCUUUUGCUGCAGCCUUUUUCUUUGUGAGAUUGAAGCACAAGAAGGGGGAAGAGAAUUCAUGCAAAGAAAGAGAUAUGGAGCUGCAACAUCUGAAUCAAAGUGUGAGAACCACCUCAACUAGUGACAAGAAAGUUUCAUUUGAGGGCUCCCAGGAUGCUCUUGAUGUGAAGAUUGUGGAUGCCACACCGCGCAAGAUGUUGCUAGAGACAUACACCAAUGAAGAUAUGAUAAAAGCAACCGAAGAUUUCAGCUCAAGCAACCACAUUGAAGGAUCAGUGUACCACGGUCGUUUGAAUGGGAAGAACAUGGCAAUCAAAAGAACAAAGGCAGAAACAGUGUCAAAGAUGGAUCUUGGCCUUUUCCAUGAUGCACUUCACCACCACCCCAAUAUACUAAGGCUUCUUGGAACAAGCAUGUUGUUGGAGGAGGGGAAGGAACAAGAGUCAUUUUUAGUUUUUGAGUAUGCCAAAAAUGGUUCAUUGAAAGAUUGGCUUCAUGGUGGAUUAGCCAUCAAGAACCAAUUCAUUGCUUCCUGCUACUGUUUCCUAACAUGGAGCCAAAGGCUCAAGAUCUGCCUUGAUGUGGCAAGUGCCUUGCAGUACAUUCACCAUGUUAUGAAUCCAAGCUAUGUGCACAGAAACGUAAAGAGCAGAAACAUCUUUUUGGAUGAAGAAUUUGGUGCCAAGAUAGGGAAUUUUGGUAUGGCAAGUUGUGUUGAGAAUGACACUGAGGACCCACAUUUCUAUUCCACCAACCCUGCCUCUUGGAGUCUUGGUUACUUGGCACCUGAGUAUGUGCACCAAGGUGUGAUUUCCCCAAGCAUUGAUAUCUUUGCUUAUGGGGUGGUUUUGUUGGAAGUUUUGUCUGGUCAAACUCCUAUAAGCAGGCCUAAUGAGAAGGGGGAAGGAAGCAUUUGGCUUAGUGAUAAAAUCAAGUCCAUUUUGGUGUCUGAAAAUGUGAAUGAUCUAAGGGAGUGGAUAGACAGUGCAUUGGGGGAGAACUAUUCAUUUGAUGCAGCUGUGACACUUGCCAACAUUGCAAGAGCUUGUGUAGAGGAAGAUUCUUCUUUGAGACCAAAUGCAAGGGAAAUAGUUGAGAAGAUAUCAAGAUUGGUGGAGGAAUUACCACAAGGGGAACAUAACAUGUUAAUGUGUGAAAGCUCUAGCAAACCUCUGGUGAAGGCAGUGGAAAACAGUCUUGAAUAAUCAUCCACUGAAGGAAGGAAUCAAAGUAGAUCCAUGAUCCUUGAUUUUGGCCAAUAUGUUCAAUCCUCGUUGAUUUCAGAGCCCGUAGGAAAUGGCUACCAUAACUAAAAAUUUCUCUUGCUCUUGGAUUUUUCCAUGUAUUUUGUCCUUUUUUAAUGUAUGUAAUUACCAUAACAAAUUAGAAUAAGAUACAAAACUGUUGUUCUUUUUCUUUGCCAGGAGAUAAAAAGAGACACUAUGUAACAAAAUUCGUCAGAGAAGCAUCUUUCAUCUUUCUCUUUCAUCAAAGACACGGAUAUUUUGACUGAUUCAGUCAAAGAUUAACAACAGCAGAUGGAGAAUAUGUAAAUUAUACUAUCAUUUUGGCUCACAUUUUUGUUAUUAUCUG